GUGGCUGCUCUCAUCAAAGAAGUACACCGUGAUUGGAGCCCUGCCGCGAUUAGAUCAGCCCUUAUGACUACAGCUAAUCCAUUAGACAAUACACAGAAACCCAUCAUAGAUGUUAGUACUAACCUCCCAGCAACCCCCCUGGACAUUGGAGCAGGCCACAUUAAUCCCAACAAAGCACUCGAACCGGGACUAGUCUACGACACAACAGCAGAGGACUACAUAAAGCUUCUCUGUGCAAUGAAUUACACAGCAAAACAGAUACAAGUUAUCACAGGAUCCACUCACAGCUGUGUCAAUCGGUCUAUCGAUCUGAAUUAUCCAUCUUUCAUUGCUUACUUUAACAGAAAGGGCUCAAAUUCUAGUGCAAAAGUUGUACAAGAAUUUAAGAGGACAGUAACAAAUGUGGGAGAGCAAAGGUCUGUCUAUACUGCAAAGUUGACAGCAAUGGCGGGUUUGAAGGUGAAGGUGGAGCCAGAGAGGUUGGUGUUCAAGAACAAGUAUGAAAAGCUAAGUUACAAGCUCACUUUGGAAGGUCCAAAAUUGCUGAAAGAAGAUGUGGUCCAAGGCUCCCUUAGUUGGGUUGAUGAUGGUGGAAAAUAUGUAGUGAGGAGUCCCAUAGUGGCCACUAACCUCGUGCCAGAUUCUUUAUUAUAAAGACCUCAUUGUAUAUGCCUCCAUUCCACAGAAACUCACCUGCAAUCUAUUAUUAAAUGUGUGGUUAGUCUUGUAGAA